CUAGGCUGCUUCCGGUCUCCUCUGGCUCCAGCAGAGCCCGGGAGCUCAGCACGCAGAUAGCAGAAGCUGGGAUGAAGCCGACGCACACGGUCGUCAACUGCUGGUUCUGCAACCAGGACACGGUGGUGCCGUACGGGAACCGGAACUGCUGGGACUGUCCGCACUGCGAGCAGUACAACGGCUUCCAGGAGAAUGGUGACUACAACAAGCCGAUCCCUGCACAGUACCUGGAGCACCUGAACCACGUGGUGAGCAGCGCGCCCAGGCCCCGCCCCCCCGCGCAGCCGCAGCAGUGGGUCAGCAGCCAGGUGCUGCUGUGCCGCCGGUGCAGCCACCACCAGACCACCAAGAUCAAGCAGCUGGCCGCCUUUGCGCCACGGGACGAGGGCAGGUAUGACGAGGAGGUCGAGGUGUACCGCCACCACCUGGAGCAGACGUACAAGCUGUGCCGGCCCUGCCAGGCGGCCGUCGAGCACUAUAUCAAGCACCAGAACCGCCAGCUACGUGCCCUCCUGCUCAGCCACCAGUUCAGGCGCCGGGAAGCCGACCAGACCCACACGCAGAGCUUCUCCUCUGCGGUGAAGGCCCCCGUCCAGGUCAUUAUGCUCCGCGCCCUCGCCUUCCUGGCCUGCACCUUCCUGCUGAGCGUCACGCUCUACGGCACCAGCAACCCCUUUGCCCCCGAGGCCACCCUGCCCCCCGCCCUGCCGCCUGGCGGCAAUGGCUCGGCCGCACCUGACAACGGCACUGCCCCCGGCGUCGCCGGCUGGCAGCAGCUGCUGGGUGUGCUGCCUGAGCACGCGGCGGAGAAGCUGCGGGAGGCCUGGGCCUUCGGGCAGAGCCACCAGAUGGGUGUCGUGGCGCUGGGCCUGCUCACCUGCCUGCUGGCCAUGCUGCUCGCCGGCCGCAUCAGGCUCCGCAGGAUCGACGCCUUCUCCACCGGCCUGUGGGCCCUGCUGCUGGGGCUGCACCUGACAGAGCAGUACCUGCAGGCCGCCUCGCCCAGCUGGCUGGGGACGCUCAAGUUCAGCGCCACCUCCCUGUGCUGCCUGGUGGGCUUCACGGCGGCCGUGGCCACGAGGAAGGCAACGGGCACGCGGAGGUUCCGACCCCGAAGGUAUUUCCCGAGAGACUCGGCCGGCCUUUUCCCCACCAGCCCCGGCCUGGCCGUGCCCUGCCCGCGCGCCGCCAGCCCGCCUCCGUCCCUGUUCAGCCCCGUACCGCCUGGCUUCCUGCCGCUCGCCAGCCAGCAGCUGUUCCGGUCCCCUCGACGGGCCUCACCCUCCUCGCUGCCAGGCCGCCUCAGCCGGGCCCUCUCGCUGGGAACCAUACCCUCUCUGACACGGGCAGAUUCAGGCUAUCUGUUCAGCGGGAGCCGCCCUCCGUCCCAGGGGUCUCGGUCUGGAGAGGUUCCUGUCGCAGAUUACUUCUCUCUCCUGUCGGGAUGCUGCGCCUCGUCCCCCCUCCCUUCCCCGGCGCCCUCCGUGGCCGGCUCCAUGGCCUCCAGCUCGGGCUCCCUGCGCCAUCGCAGGCCCCUCAUCAGCCCGGCCCGGCUCAACCUGAAGGGGCAGAAGCUGCUGCUGUUCCCGUCGCCCCCCGGGGAGGGCCCCAGCACCCCCAGCAGCUCCGAUGAGCACUCGCCCCACAACGGCAACCUCUUCCCCAUCGAGCCGGCCCUGGUGCCACAGCGAUCGCCGGCACAGGACACGAAGCUCACUGUGGACAUGAGGUCAUUGCCAGAAAGAGGCAGUGCCUGCAGUGGCCGGUCCAUCAAGAAAGAGGACGACUCCUCUCAGUCAUCCACCUGCGUAGUGGACACCACCACGCAGGGGUGCAUGGAGGAGGCUGCCGCCUGGAAAGGUCGCGUUGGGCCCUCCCUGGUCCGGGGCCUCCUGGCCGUGAGCUUGGCCGCCAACGUUCUCUUCACUUCAGCCUACCUGUACCAGGUCUUGCGCUGACGUGCGGGCCGCGGCCCCCCGGCGCCCAGCGGGCCUCGGAGACUCCAGGUGCAUGCUGCUCCCACCACUGCCGGCCUCAGGGCCCUCGUUCGGGGCCCCGCCAUCCUCUCCAGGGCCUUUGACCUCGCUGGGCCGGUCCCGCCUCCGGGACCCCCGCUUCUCACCUGGCCGACCGCAGGGCUGAGCGUGUCCGCGGGGUCGCUCUCCUCCCUGCCUGUGUCCUUGGCUGACAUCAGUUGUGUUUGGUGCUGACCCUGAUCCUGAAGCCAGGGAUCCCCGGGGGGCCACGGGGCCCGGGGCCCCCUGCCUGCUGCCCAGCCUGCCCGGCAGGAGUGCCACUACUGUCGCCUCCGACCCUGUGCCGCGGGCUGUGACCGCGUCUUGUACUGUACCUCCCGUCCCCGCGCGGCUGCCUCGGCUUCCCCAGGUCGGGGGUUGGAGGGAUGGCCCCUGUGUCAUCGCUCUCACCCCUGCCCGGGGAAGGACAGGCCCCUUGAGGACGGGCACCACCUUCCCGUGUCUCCCCCCAUUCUGUGAGCCCCCCCGGCUCUCCUGGGUGGGCAGGCAGGUCCUGGGGGCCCCCGGCCCAGGGCCCCUCAGAGUUCAGUGUAAGCGCCCCCUGUCCCCUGCCGCCUCCCUUCUGCCCGCUCGUGCCCCUAGUUUAUUACCUCUCGGUACCUUCCCAGGCAACAGCCCGUUACCCCGAGGACACUACCCCCAGCCUGCAGGGCCCCGGGGAGACCAGUCCCCGCCCCGAGCCUGGCCCCUGUCAGCCCCUGAGACCCUGCCUUCCUCCCUUUCAUUCUGCUGCCUCCGUGGGCUCAGUGUGGCCCCUGUUUCCAGGCCACCCGGGCUGGCUUUCUUUCCCACUCUGCCCUCCUCAGGCCCUGCCACCUGCUCCUACAGCCUUGCUGCCCCCCCACCGCGCGCCAGGGUCCCGUCCUGCCCCCAGGAGGAGGGAGGAGGGCCCUCGGUCUGGCACAGGGACUCCCCCACUGCUGUGAGGAAGGAGUGUGUGUGUGCGUGUGGCCGUCCGAGCCCCCCAACCCGCCACCGCCCGGGGCCUCACACAUGCCUAUGGGCCGCGCGUGGCUCACACCUUCACACGUGCCCGUGCACCCGCAGAGGAAUUGGCCAUCUCACUGACUUCUGAGACUUGGCAGCUGUGGGGACAGGGUGGUGGUCGUGAGGGCAAGAGGAAGGGUCUUUAUCAUUCAGGGAUAAAGUUUAGUUUUAUUUUUCUACACAUUUUUGCCAGGUAAGGCAUUCUGCUGUUCGCAGGAUGCCGCCCGUUCUCCCUGCCAGGGAGGUUUCCUUUUUUUAAGCCUUGGGUGCUUUUUUAGUAAUUUUUUUUACCAUGUGGGGAAGGAGUCGUUCUGACUUCACUCGCUCCUCUUCCCUCCACUCCUGUCCGGAGAGCUGUUUCCCACCCUGCCUCCCACCCCAGGACACGCGGGGUGGGGGGCUGGGGGCCGCCCCAGGGCCCUGAGUCCAACUGCCAGAGAUGGUCCCAACUUAGAGGCGGUGCUCCUCGGCCCCCAUUUGUACAGUGGGCACGUGCGUCAGGUUUUUAAAUUUUAUUUGUUGCCUAACGAAGCCAAACUCCAUUCCCGAGUACCCUUCCUCUGUGGCUCUGAGGAACCCCAACACACUCCCCCCACCUCGGCCCUCCUGCCCAGGCCCCGAGGCCCCGGCGCCCCGCAGGGGCUGGGGAGAGGCCCAGUGGGGAGGGGGGCCUACUUAACGUUUUGUUUCAAACGAAAAACACAACCUUAUUUUUCUUUACAAAAGCAAAAAAAAAAAAAAAAAGGAAAC